CCGGAGGCGGAGCCGGCUCAGGUGUGGCCCGGCCCGGCCCGGCGGGAGGCGGCGGAGACGGCGGCGGCUGAGGGGAGCGCGGGGCCGGCCGCGGGCUGAGGCGCUGCGGAGGGAGCCUGGCUCCGCCGGCGGGGCGAGGGUUUUCAAUGCCAGAAGAACAAAGUCAAACUACAAUGGCAGUUGAUGAACUUCAAGCCAUAAUACAAAGAUGUCAAAUUCUGGAAGAAUCUGAUUUCAGAGGAGAAGAUUUUAAUCUGUUUCAGGUAGCAGGUCAGAAAUGUUUAGAAGAUGGAUAUGCUGCUCAGUUGUUAGAAGUAAUUCAAAAUGAGAAAAACAAGGUUAUCAUCAAGAAUAUGGGUUGGAAUCUCAUUUCUCCUCUUGUUAGGUGCAUUUUAGCAUAUAAACAGGAAGAUGAUAAGCAAGAACACUGCCUGAAGAUACUAGAUCAGUUGGUACAGCUGUGCAAUCCGAAGGAACUUUUUCUGGGUUUACUUGAACAGAUAGAGCAGACGUCGGGAGAGCAAGUGUGCCCAACUGUCAUGCUACUACUUCAGCCUUUGCAGACAGUGCUUUUGAAACUUCAGAACAAAAAGGCCUACUCGGUGGGCUUAUCUUUGGCUAUGAUUAUGAAUCAGCUUACUCCUUUGCCUGUGCCUUAUACAAAACAACAAAUACAGGAAGAUAAACUUGGUCUCUGCCGAUGUUGUAAUGCAGUGGUGGACUUUGCUAAACCUUUUGUGAACGAAGUUGUUAAAAACAUGGAAAAGUCAUCAGAAUACAAUGACAUGGAGCUGAAAGAAGAAUUAUUAAAGUUCUGUAUGAAAAGCCUGAAAUACCCAUUAUUGACCGCUCAGCUUGAACAGCUCGAAGGCAUUGAAGAACAUCCCUUCAGGCAUUUUGCAACUGAAAUUAUAGACAUUUUGCAGGAUAUAAGGGAAUUGAUGCCACUAGUAUUUAUACAUCAUAAAGGCAGAAGAUCAUACUGGGAGAAUCAGGAGUUUGAGGACAUAGAGCGAAAGAAUUCUGCAGAUUCUUUGGCAUGUCUGUCAUAUCUGAUGUUUGUUCAGCAUUUCGGUAUCAAUUGCUUUCCAAUGGUAUUUAGUCCAUCAUACCUUCUGCAAUGCAAUAUGACACAUAUUGAAGUGCUGCUGAAUAGAACAGAAGAAUCUAUGUUAUCUAAAGGACUUGACCUGUUUGAGAGCUGUUUAUUGAGGAUGGAAGAUAAUAGCCUUAGCCAUCAGUAUUUAGAAUUCAGAGAUUUUAUUAACGUGCCUCAGGAUUUGGUGAAAGUUAUGACCCUUUGUCCCAUAGAGUACCUGAGAAAGAAGAGUUUAAAUAUGUUGCAGUUGUUCAUAGACAAAUUUGAUGCAGAAGGAAAGUACACGUUAUUCAGGUGUUUACUGAAGACAAGCAACCACGCUGGUGUACAGGGAUACAUUAUUCAAAAAAUAAAAGAUCAGAUUCACUUAUCAUUAACGAAGGCACAUGACAACGUCUGGUUUACAGGACAUCACCUGAUCUCCCUUCUAGAUUUAGUGCUUUUCCUUCCUGAAGGUGCUGAGACAGAUCUUCUCCAAAACUCAGAUAGGAUUAUGGCAUCACUAAAUCUGCUGAGAUACUUAGUCAUUAAGGAUUGUGAAAGUGAAAAUCAAACUGGUGUAUGGACCAUACUUGCUAAGAUUGAGAAAAAUUUUUUAAAACCACUGCAUGUAGGACUCAAUAUGUCAAAAGCACACUAUGAAGCAGAAAUAAAGAAUAAGAGAGAAAACAGAAGAGAUGCAAAUAAUUCUAACACAGUUUGUUCUUUAACUGUCAGUGAGGAAAAGAUGCCUGCCAUGACUACUGAAAUGCAGCUUCAGGUUUUGCACUCAGCACUCUUCACAUUUGAUUUAAUAGAAAGUGUUCUAGCUCGAGUAGAAGAACUCAUUGAAGUGAAAGUAAAAGCUGUAAUGGCUGAAAACAUUUAGGUCAACUGAAAUACUUGAAUUAGCAUCCUUCUUGGAAGAUAAUGUUGACUAUUAGACUUUAGUUGAAAAGGAGGCUACCAACCUUUAAAGAGUAGUGUAGAGUAGCCUCUAGAAAAAUUGUAAACCCUGCUCUUUGUCUUGUUGCUUUUUUUUUUUUAAUUUUUAUUAAGAAGUCUUCAGCUAUUUUUAUCUGUGGUUCACAGAGAUGGCCUAUUUGUUAAAGUACUCCUCUUCAGAAUUUGGUGCUUUUUUCAAAGAUUAGAAAGUACGUCUACAAGGGUUUUUUGUUGUUGUUGUUAUGCUGUGUAAAGGGAGGUAUGAUUGUGCAUUUCUUGUUCUGUUCAUUUUCAAAAUACUUUAGGUAAUAGUUGCUGACUGGUGUUCUGAAUUACGAAGAUUUUUAUAAAUUAACUUAGAGAGACAUGAAUUAAAAAACCUUGUUUAAGCAGUAGCUAUUUUUAUUAGCACUUUUUGACAAACAAACUUCUAUAUUUACAAACUGAACUGGAAGCUAUAGAUAAUAGACUAUGGCAAACUAUACAAGGUUUAAAGAAAAACACAUCAACCUUGAGCCAAAUAAGACAUUAAAACUUGGUAACAGAACAGAUAACUUGUGUUUAAAAAUGUACUCUGUAAGGCUUCAGGCUUCAUACACAACUAUUUAUGCACAAGAAAAUGUAUUUUGGAAUUGUUUUGAUCAUUGUUGUUUCUAAUGAUAAAGUUUUCCUUAAGAUACAUAACAUAUUUUGGGAAGUUAUGAUAAAAAGAUGAAUGUAUAAGUUCAGAACUGAAUCAAAUAUCAGGAUGGUUUUUCUAUUAGUGCAGUUAAACCGCAUUUUAAAUUUUUUGUUAGAACAUACAUUGGGUAUAAUGUAUGCUGUUUUUCACUGUAUGGUAUUUUAAUACAAUUCUUUGUUCCAAAUGCAUAAGUUCUAUAUACAGUCUUUUAAAUGGAAUGGUAUAUUUUAAGAACAUUCUAUAUUUUGUUCAAAAUGUAGCUGCUAUAUUUAUGAAUAAAAACACCAGUGAAUUAA